AUGAUCUCUCAAAAGGUUGCUCAGCAAUCGCUGCGGCGGCUUGCCGUCCAGCAGCCCUACGCUCUGCGCUGGUCUUUGAUGAACUCGGCCUCCCCCGCCGCUGUUGCUCUCGGAAGGAACAUUCAGACCAGACAAGCUGCUACCUCCUCGAACUCCUCCGACCCUUCCAAGAUUCUCGCUCAGCAGCGCCUUGUCCGCCCGGUCUCUCCCCACCUUACCAUCUAUCGUCCCCAGAUCACAUGGAUCGGCAGUAGUAUUCACCGUAUCACCGGCCUGAUGUUGUCCGGAGGUCUGUACGUCUAUGCCAGUGCCUACCUCGCCUCUCCCCUGCUCGGUUGGGAUCUGGGCUCUGCCUCCGCUGUCGCCGCUUUCGCUGCCCUCCCUGUUCUCGCCAAGGUUGCCCUGAAGGCUACCAUGGCGAUGCCCUUCACCUACCACUGCAUGAACGGAGUGCGCCACCUGAUCUGGGAUACCGGUGCCGGUCUUACCAAUGCCCAGGUCAUCAAGUCCGGCUGGACUGUGGUGGGUCUGAGUACCAUUAGCGCUCUUCUUCUUGCUUUCCUGUGA